AUGCGUUUGGCGAAGACGCCGCUACUGAUGAUACGGCUAGUACACUGUGCUCCUCCUUUCAUUUCGAAUGACGAUCAACCCCUUUGCGAUGCUGUCGAGCAAGCGAUCCGACCGUGUUUAUGCUGUAAAAAGGAAUGCUGGUACACGAUUGUUUCCGCAGCCACACACGAGCUCGGUUACAUGCCCGGUGAGGCCGGUGAACAAGAAGCGCUCUCCACGCUAAAGUCAAUCCGUCAAUGCGUCAUCGAGAAUUGCGCUCAAGUUUGCCUUAAA